AUGGAUUCUGUGCCUGAGGAAGUGAGGGCUCUCCUGGUGCAGCACCCCAGCCUGGAGCUCAUACAGGGCGGCAAGGUCAGAGGGUCUGCUUUUAAACAUAAUAGAUAACAUGGUUGUUAAUAACUUUAGUCUCUCUUUAAAGGGAGACACUCAAAACACCAGAGCAACAAGUGAUCAUUUAAUUGAUUUUUAUCUGAAGCUAGACAGAGUUGCUUUAUAAGUGCAAGACAUUUAGCAGCUGCAACAUUGCCUUCUCUCUCUAUGGAAAGCUUCUACUUGCUUUACAAACUAAUCUGCAUAGGAAGGGUCAAAUCAACACAAUAAUAAUUAGAGUGAUGUCCUAGAAACAACCCCUCCCCCCAGCUUCAAAACAAGGUAUGUACCAAUAACAAAAGGAGGCAAACCACUUAUAAUCUUUAGCACAAAGCUUUACUCAGUACCAAUUUAAAUAUAUAAUCGCCAGAAAAGGGCAAAAGUGGAUAGGUUGAAAACCAAGAACGCAAUAGUAACAAUGUGUACAAUUGGCUUAACCCCCUUAAGGACCAAACUUCUGGAAUUAAAGGGAAUCAUGACAUUUCACACAUGUCAUGUGUCCUUAAGGGGUUAAAGGGACACUAUAGUCACCAGAACAACUACAGCUUAUUGAAUUUGUUCUGGUGAGUAGAAUCCUUCCCGUCAGGCUUUUUGCUGCAGAGAAAAUGCAGUGUUUACAUUACAGCCUAGUGAUAACUUCACUGGCCACUCCUCAGAUGGCUGCUAAAGGUGCUUCAUGGGGCAGUUUUGCACAAUGUGACUGACAUUCAGUGUCUCCACCCUCUGCAUGAACUUUCCUCAUAGAGAUGCAUUGAUUUAAUUAAUUUCUGUGAGGAUAUGCGGAUGGGCCAGGGCUGUGUUUGGCUUGUGCUGGCUCUGCCCCUGAUCUGCCUUCUUGACAAGCUCAGCCAAUCCAAUGCUUUCCAAUGGGAAAGUAUUGUGAUUGGCUUUGAAUAACACUUCGGACGAUGUCAGCCAAGCAGGCAGAUCAGGGGAAGAGCCAGCAGCAGCAGACUGAAAUAAAAGUAAGAGUAUACUUUAUUUGGGGGGCAGGGUGGCUAGAUAGUGUUUUUAACACUAUAGGGUCAGGAAUAAAUGUUUGUCUUCCUGACCAUAUAAAGUUCCUUUACAGAGCUGGGCACAUGCUAUAAACCCCCAUAAUUUUGUUAUACAAAUGUCUUUACCAUGAGAAGCUAUAUACUGUUGUGUAUAUUAAUUCCUCCCUUUCCUUCUAAAUCUAUUUAACAUUUGUAUACGGUAUGCUCGUGUUUGGCACUACGUCUACAGAAGUUGGAUUGCAUGAAUGUAUGACCAGCACCUGUGGAGAAUUCAGUGCAACUCCCCUACAAACUGUAACUGGUACUGUCAAUAAAUGCAGGCUGUGGAGGGGAAUGUCUUUUGUCAGCAUAUUCAGCAGUUUAACUCAUCCAUUUAAUGAAGGGAACCACUGCCAGCCGCUGAACUACAUAUCCCAUAAAUUCCACAUGGACGGGGGUUUAUGGGAUAACAUCAAAACUCAUAGACCAGAGUGAGAGACUGUUGAUUGCUGAUCACUCUUACUUGUCUGAAAGGAGGCUGUCUGCUGCUGCAGUUUGCAAGUCUCGAGCUUCACAGUCUUUACUUUAAAACAGGGGUGCCCAAAAGGUAGAUCCCCAGAUGUUGUAGAAAUACAACUUCCAUGAUGCUUUGCAUGCCUUCAGCAUGACAAUGCAUCGUAGAAGCUGCAGUUCUACAACAUCUGGGGAUCUACCUUUUGGAAGACUCCAAGCACAAUGCACCUGUGGGAAAAAAACACACAUGAAGCUAUUCAAGAACGUUUAUAAAAAUCCCCUGGUAGUAUCGGUUAACUAAUGCAAGUAACCUCAUUUCUGUUUACCAUGAAUGAAGCCCAGUUGCGGCCAGCAAGUGCUGCACACGCUCAGCCUCUACAUGUCUCUUAUCUGGUGCAUUUUAAAAAUAAAAAACAUAAUGAUUGCAUACUGUCACACAUAAAAUUCAGUAUUUUAGGCCACUAUAGUGUCCCUAAAAUAAUAAUUGUAUGUCUAAUAAUAAUAGUUGCAUUCCUUUACUCUUCCUUGUUUUUCCUGUAGGUGAAAUGUAAGUUAACUGGCCAUGAAUUGCCAUGCAGACUUGCUGAACUCAAAGUCUUCACAGAAGGGAAAAAAUACAAGAAGCUGAACUCUUCUGGCUCCUAUGAUUACAGUGUCUUCCAACCACAUAUAGUCGUCAGCACUAAAAAUCCGUAGGUAUCUGUGAGGCAACAUAGAACUUCAUGAUCUAUAAUGCUUUCAUGCAAAAAUUCUGAUAUGUUUCCGAUUUCAACAGAGCCCUAAUUAUCAUAUUUACUUGUGAUUGCACAAAAUAAGAAUCCCCAAUAUGACAACAAUUUUUAAAUUGUAUUUCUUUUAGGAAAUAGGGAAUGGGAGGUUAGCUUGUAGUUUGUAAAAUUGUAUAUAAAUAUUUUUUUUUUUUUUGUACCUAGUAUAAACAAUCAUUUCAGCAGCAAAUAUGACCUUUAUUUCUCAGCGAGAUUCUACAGGUGAAAGGAGGCUACAUAUUUAUGGUCCACUAGAGCUUUUGCUCAUUAAUUGGCUCUUCAAACAGUUAAUUGCACAAACCCGAUAUAAAGUGCCCUUUUAUUUGUAUUUAAUAUGUAAAAGCAAUCCCGAACAAGUUCAGUUCCCACAAAGACCUAGAUCAGUGGUUCCCAAACCAGUCCCCACUCCCCUUACCUGUCCAGGAUUUAGGGAUUACCCAUUUGUGUCUAAGGUGUUUUUAAAAGAAGAAAAAAACACCUUGGGCACGACUGGGUAGGGGGGCACGAGGACUGGUUUGGGAACCACUAAUGUAGAAUGUCUGGGAUAUGUAUUUUUUUAAUUUUGUUUUUUAUUCUUAUCUUAUUUAAUUUCUUUAUAGUGCCUGGAGUCCCCUGGCACUGUCCCUCUGUUCAGUGUUAAACAAUUCGCAAACAAAUCAACACUGAAUGAGGGUCACUAGCCACAACAGCCCAGCCCUAACUGGAGGUAUUGCUAAGGCAGAGAUUCAAACUUCCUUGGAUCUGUACCAAUUCAUACCAUCAGUGGACAAUGUGAUAGGCUGAAGGCGACUGUCUGUCUGAUCCAGACACAGUUGCCCAUUGAUGCGCAGGUUAAAGGACCACUCUAGGCACCCAGACCACUUCAGCUUAAUGAAGUGGUCUGGGUGCCAGGUCCUUCUAGGGUUAACCCAUUUUUUUAUAAACAUAGCAGUUUCAGAGAAACUGCUAUGUUUAUGAAUGGGUUAAGCCUUCCCCUAAUCCUCUAGUGGCUGUCUCAUUGACAGCCACUAGAGGCGCUUGCGUGCUUCUCACUGUGAUUUUCACAGUGAGAGCACGCCAGCGUCCAUAGGAAAGCAUUAUAAAUGCUUUCUAUGCGACGGGCUGAAUGCGCGCGCAGCUCUUGCCGCAUUCAGCCCAGGAGGAGGAUAAGGAGGUUUUAACCCCUUUCCAGAGCCGGGCGGGAGGGGGACCCUGAGGGUGGGGGCACCCUCAGGGCACUAUAGUGCCAGGAAAACGAGUAUGUUUUCCUGGCACUAUAGUGGUCCUUUAAUGCUUCAUUUUUAGACCAUGCAGCACACAGGGACUCUCGUUAAGAAUUACAACAUUAAAAAAAACACUUUGCACUGAAUGGAAGGGACUCGAGACACUAUAAUCACUUCAGUAAGAUUAAUACGUUACAAUGCCCCUUUAACCCCUUCCCGACCACAUCCGAAAAAAAAGGUUAACGACUGUGGAUGUACCUGGUACGUCCAAUCGCAAAUAUGCACUUACGUGAUUGCUGGCGAUCCCCUGCCGUCGAUCACGAUGUGGAUACUUGCCUGGUAUCCCAGGCAGUCCCCCUGCGGCUGAUCCGGGCCAUGUGAUCGCAGAGUCCUCGCUGUCCCCCUCAUGCCUGCAAAAAAGUAUUAAAGUUAAUAAAAGUGGUUAAAAAGUUUUAAUAAAGUAAAUAAUAGUACUUAGAUCAUAUAUAAGUACUUUUAUAUGCACAUACACAAUCCAUUAUUCUAAGUGUAUAUUAAUAUUAAAAUGACAUAUAUAUAUAUAUAUAUAUAUAUAUAUAUAUAUAUAUAUAUAUAUAUAUAUAUAUAUGACUUUAACUAUAUAAAUUUGUUCAAACUGCAUUUUGAUAUUAAUAUACAUUUAUAUUUAAAUCAAAAUACAUUUAGAGUGACGUUAUAAAUAUGUGUUUAAAUAUAUAUAUUUUUUACAUUUAUUUUAUUUAUAUAUAGAUAUAUUAUACAAAUAAACUGUUUUAAAAUUCUACAAAUAUAUUUAUAUAAUAUUUUUACAUAAUUAGGUAAUUUGAUUAAUUACAAUUUGAGGAACCUGCCUGACAACCCAGACAUAAAGUCCAGAGAAAUUGGUUCGCAAGCCCUAUAUUUAAACCUGUAACUUUCCAGGACACCAUAAAACCUGUACAUGGGGGGUACUGUUUUACUCGGGAGACUUCGCUGAACACAAAUAUUAGUGUUUCAAAAAAGUAAAACAUAUAACAGCGAUGAUAUAGUCAGUGAAAGUGCAGAUCUUUGCAUUUUGACUGACUAUAUUCUAGAGUAUAAGACAAGUUUUUCGGCACAUUUUUUGUGCUGAAAACCCCCCACUCGUCUUAUACUCGAGUCAGUGUCUGUAUUAUGGCAACUUACAUUGCCAUAAUACAGACAAGGACUGCCGGGCUCAUUACAAGCCCAGCGGUCCUAUUGGGGGCUGGCAGCGAGCUGUAACUUACCUUUCCUGCAGCUCCUGUCAGCUCCCACUGUAAGUUUCGCAAGAGCCGCGGGGUCAGACCCCGUGGCAACGCUUCGCGCGACACUCAGACCGCAAGACUUACAGUGGAAGAGAAGGGAUCUGACCGGAACGGAGGUGAAGGGAGCUGACAGGAGCUGCAGGAAAGGUAAGUAACAGCUCGCUGCCAGCCCCCCUCCUACACAGCCCAUCCACUGGACCACCAGGGAAUGAGAGCCCCCCCCCCUCCCUGGCCAUGUAUCAAGCAGGGAGGGGGGAUAAAAAAAUAUAAAUAAAAAUGUAAAUAAUAAUAAAAACAAAAUUUAAUAUUAAAAUAAUAAUAAUUAAAAAAAGCGCCCACCCCCCACCAAGGUUACACACACACUGCAUUCAUACACACCUCUGCAUUAUAUACACACACACACACACACACACACGCACACACACACACUACACACACUGCAUUCAUACACACACACACUCUGCAUUACAUACACACACACACUGCAUUCAUUAUAUACACAAAAUAAAUAUUCAAUUAAUGUAAUUUUUGGGGAUCUAAUUUUAUUUAGAAAUUUACCAGUAGCUGCUGCAUUUCCCACCCUAGUCUUAUACUCGAGUCAAUAAGUUUUCCCAGUUUUUUGGGGUAAAAUUAAGGGGGUCGACUUAUACUCGAAUAUAUACGGUAAUUGUUGUGAUACGUUUUACUGUUUUAAAACACUAAUACUUGAGUUUCACAGAGUCUCACAAGUAAAACAGAAUCCCCCCAUGUACAGGUUUUAUGGUGUUUUCAAAAGUUACAGAGUCAAAUAUAAGACUUGCAUUUCCUUUUUUUUCACAUUGAAAUUUGACAGAUUGGUUAUGUUGCCUUUAAGACAGUAUGGUAGCCCAGGAAUGAGAAUUACCCCCAUGAUGGCAUACCAGUUGCAAAAGUAGACAACCCAAGGUAUUGCAAAUGGGGUAUGUCCAGUAUUUUUUAGUAGCCACUAAGUCUCAAACAUUGGCCACAAUUAGCGUUCAAAUUAUUUUUUUGCAUUUUUCACACACAAACAACUGUGAACGCUAACUUUGGCCAGUGUAUGUGACUAAGUGGCUACUAAAAAAGACUGGACAUACCCCAUAUUGAAUACCUGGGUUGUCUAUUUAAAAAAAAAUUUAAAAAAAAAUGUACAUGUAAGGUGUGAUUCAGAGAUUUAUGACAGAUAAGUGUUACAACGCACUAUUGAUACAUUUUAAAAAUAUAUAUUUUGAAACGGUAAUGUCCUACUUUUACUUCUGGCCCUAUAACUUGCGCAAAAAACCAAACAAACUAAGAACAUGUUAACAUUGGGUAUUUCUAAACUCAGGACACAAUUUAGAAACUAUUUAGCACGGUUGUUUUUGGCUGUUGUAGAUGUGUAACAGAUUUUGGAGGUCAAAGUUAGAAAAGGGGUGUGUGUUUUUGUAUUUUUUUUUUGUUUUUUUAAACAAAUUUCAUCAUAUUUUAUAGGUUUUUUUUGUUUUUUAUAGUAAAUUAUAUGAUAUGCUGAAAAUAAUGGUAUCUUUAGAAAGACCAUUCAAUGGCAAUGAAAACAGUAUAUAAUAUGUAUGGAUAUAGUAAAUGAGUAAGAGGAAAAUUACAGCUAAACACAAACACAGCAGAAAUGUAAAAACAACCCUGGUCCUGAACGGUAAGAAAAUUGAAAAACAGUCUGGUCGCUAAGGGGUUAAUGUGAACACUUGAUAUCCCUACAAUCUUUUUAAACCUUUGAAUUGGAGCAGAAAUAUGAGGUAACAUGUGCUUUGUUAUCCAUUAUAUGUGCCUUUGCAAUGCAAAAAUUGCUUGCUACCCUAUUUAUUGUCUACACCAGUGGCUCCCAAACCUUUUAGGUUCAAGACGCCCUUAAUAUUUUAAUAUUUUUCCAAGGCGCCCCAAGUCAAAACAAUUUUCUAGGUUAUAAUGGGCCCCUGUUCGGCAGAAAUGCUUGCCGUUCAGUUGCAGAUCGAGAAUCUAAUCUUGGGAGGGGCACUGGUAGAUUAUUUUAAGAAACAAUCCAGUCACAAUAACCACUACAGCACUUUAUAGUGGUUAUGGUACCAGUAGGGCCCUCCCAGGGUAAGUAGUCAUCAAACUGUUUAAGAACUGUUUGACAACUGACCUGGGAUCUUCUGGGAUAGAGGCUGUAGUAGGGGAUAGAGGCUGUAGUAGGGGAUAGGGGCAGUAGUGUGUGUGUGUAACCACGGCAACCCUCCGGACUCACGAGAGGAGAACCCGGCGGAGCUGCAGGUUAGAGCUACCUCCCGUCCUCUCUCCCACCCUCCCCUGCCGGCUGUCAGCUUUACAGUGCCAGCAGGCCGAUGAGGGAGAGCUCUGAUCUCCUCUCCGGUCCUGCAGAGCCGGCAAGGGAGAUGGAAACUGCCGGGGCCGCAUGUUAAUGUGCCCAUCAGGUGGUGGAUUGUCAGGGGGCCUGGUCAGCGCUGGGCACUUUAACAGCGCGACCGGGCCCCCUGUGAUGAGAUCAUCAGUGCUGGGAGGAAGUGACUGCACGUCACUCCUCCCAGCUAACACACACACCGCAUGGGAGGAAGAACAGGGAGUCAGAGUGGGAACUCUGACUCCCACCAGCCUGAGCCACCAUUGGACCCCAGGGAAGGUCACCCUCCUGCACCUAAAAGGUAGGAAACAGGAGGGUGACUUAAAUAUUAUGUGUGUGUGUGUUUGUUUGUAUGUAUGUCUUAUGUGUAUGUGUCUGUAUGUAUCUGUAUGCGUGUGUGUCUGUCUGUCUUUUUAUGUGUCUGUAUGUGUGUGACUGUCCAGGGCCGGACUGGGGAUACAAAGCAGCCCUGGAAAAAAAAUUUGUGCUAGCCCCAUAAGUCACUGCGCCAUAUAUUGUCGCGUGUAAUAUGUAAGGAUAUGUCUUGCCAGGACAGAUGAUUGAGUUAUUUAUUUAUAUAUAUAUAUAUAUAUAUAUAUAUAUAUAUAUAUAUAUAUAUAUAUAUAUAUAUUGCUUUUUCUAAUAUAAAAUAUUGGUCCUUUCAGGGUAAAACGUUUAAUUAUACAGUAAGCAUACUCACAUGCAGACACAGGCAAUUUCACUGACAUUUCAAUGACACACACAAGCUCAUUGAUACACAGCCUCAUAGACAAACAAUCUUACUGAUAUACAUCAUCUCAUUGACAUAAAAACACAAGCUCACUCACUAGCAGGCACACGCAUGCAAGCAAGCUUAGUCACUAGCAGACGCACACACACAGCUUAAUGUGGUGGUACUGGUGUCUAUAGCAUGUCCCUACAGGCUUUUCAACGUAAACACUGACUUUUCAGAGAAAAGGCAGUGUUUACAUUGCUUCAAAGUGACAUUGCUAGUGACAGUCACUCAGACGGUCACUAGAGGUGCUUCCUGUGUUAGUGCACCUACAUUCAGGGCCUCCACACUCUGUAGGUGCUGAACGUUCCCCAUAGAGAUACAUUGAUUCAAUGCAUCUCUAUGAGGAGAUGCUGAUUGGAGUGGCGUUUUGCAGCCAAUCCUAUGGCAAAGCAUUGGAUUGGCUGAGAUCAUCAAGCUUAAUGAUCUCAGCUAUAGAGGCAGGGCCAGUCGAGGGGAGACCAGCACGCUGCGUGGGGAAAAAAAAAAGGUGAGCAAAAACACUAUUUUUAAACACUCAUUUACACCAUGACAGACACAGAAACACACAUAUACCAUGACAGAAACACACAUAUCCCAUGACAGAUACACACCCCAUGACAGACCAUGACACAGACAGACACACACCAUGACGGACAGACAGACACACACCAUGACGGACAGACAGACACACCCCCCAUGAAUGACAGACAGACAUGCACACACACACACCCCCUGUGACGGACGGACAGACACGCACACACACACCCCGUGACGGACAGACACACACACCCCGUGACGGACAGACACACACCACACACACACCCCGUGACGGACAGACACACACCACACACACACCCCGUGACGGACAGACACACACCACACACACACCCCGUGACGGACAGACAUGCACACACACACACCCCCUGUGACGGACGGACAGACACGCACACACACACCCCGUGACGGACAGACACACACACCCCGUGACGGACAGACACACACCACACACACACCCCGUGACGGACAGACACACACCACACACACACCCCGUGACGGACAGACACACACCACACACACACCCCAUGAUGGACAGACACACACACACCAUACAGACAGACACCAUGACACAGACACACACACACACACACACACCAUACAGACAGACAGACACCAUGACACAGGCAGACACACACCAUACAGACAGACAGACACCAUGACACAGACAGACAGACACCAUGACACAGACAGACAGACACCAUGACACAGACAGACACACCAUACAGACAGACACCAUGACACAGACAGACACACACACACACACACACACACACACCAUACAGACAGACAGACAUGAUAACACAGACAGACAGACACACACACACACCAUACAGACAGACAUGAUCAGACAGACAGAUUACUAAUACCUGCCAGGGGGAGGUCUUCUGUGGGCCGCUGGGGGACUUUUACAGCUGGGGAGGUCUUCUGGCGGCCACUGGGGGACUUGUCCUGGGGUACUUGUCCUGGCGGCCGUAGAGGGGUGCUGCGCUGGCUCUGCUCUCCCGCCCUCGCGCGCUGCUGAAUGAGACCGGCGGUCUCAUUCAGCUGCCCGCUGGGGAGCAGAGCCAGCGCAGCUCCCCCAGCGGCCGCCAGGACAAGUCCCCCAGCGGCCGCCAGCAGACCUCCCCAGUGGCCGCCAGCAGACCCAGGUGUCUGCCCGGCCCCAGGUGCCGACGGCCCACCGGGAAAUUUCCCGGUAUCCCGUUGGGCCAGUCCGGCCCUGUGCCUGUCCGUAUGUGUCUUUGUAUGUAUGACGUGUGUGUGCCUGUCCGUUUUUAUGUGUGUGUGUGUGUAUGUAUGUCUGUAUGUCUGUCGGGGGAAGAGGGAGGGGGGGGCCCCAUGGAUCAGUUUCGCACCUGGGCCCCCACGCCACUGGGGGUGUGGAUAGGACUACAUAAACCGUAAUUUAACUGAUAGAUGAUGGAUAAUUGAGCAAUGAGACUGCAGGUGCAUGAUCUAUACACCAAAACCACUUAAUUAAGAUAAAGUUGUUUUGGUGCCUGGAGUGUAUAAACAACACACUUUGCAAAAUUCAAGUCCUCUUUACUCAUAGCUGUGCAUGCAACAACUUAUAGCUGAAUUGGAGGCGCAACACAGGGACAAAUUUAUAGCAGAUUUUUUUUUUCUGGCCAUAUUAUUACAAUUUGCUGGUCAUUACGCUGCAAUUUCUGGCUUUAGUAAAUUGGGAGUUUUUGCAAAAAAAAAUUUCAUUAUGACAAAUCUUGACAAAUUUAUUUCAUUUUAGAAAGCAGCUGUUUUGCAAACUAACACUUCGUCACAUGAACAAAAUCCCAGAAGAGGUUCAGAGGCAUAUCGAGGGCAAGCGCUAUCAGAAAGCUCUGGUAAAAUGUAAGAUCAAUAUUUUGAAAACAGAAAAAAAACUUGUCCCCCCCAAAAAAUUGAGGUUCCUAAUUCUUCUUUUCAUUAUUUAUCUGAACAUAUUUUUAGAUUCUAAUUCCAUGUAACAACCAACUGAAGUUAGGUUUUCUUAAAGGAUCACAAAUACAUGUUUGUGUUCCUGACCCUAUAGUGUUAAAACCACCAUCUAACCCCCCUAGGCUCCUCAUGCCUCCCUAAAAAUAGCAAAAUCUUACUGUAUUCAAGCCUGAAGCUGUAACUCUGCCUGCUGUUUGCCUCAGAAAAACAAGCUGUCUCCUGACAUAAUCAGAAGUGGUAGCCUGAUCCAAUCACAGUGCUUCCCCAUAGGAUUGGCUGAGACUGACAAGGAGGCAGAUCAGGGGCAGAGCCAGCAUGAUUCAAACACAGCCCUGGCCAAUUGAAUUGAAUCAAUGAAUCUCUAUGAGUAAAGUUCAGUGUCUGCAUGCAGAGGGAGGAGACACUAAAUGUUUGGAUGCAUUUUAGGCAGCCAUGACCCAGGAACGAUCUCUAACAGAUAUCUGAGGAGUGGCCAGUGAAGUUAUCACUAGGCUGUAAUGUAAACACUGCAUUUUCUCUGAAAAGACAGUGUUUACAGCAAAAAGCCUGAAGGUAACGAUUCUACUCACCAGAACAAAUUCAAUAAGCUGGAGUUGUUCUGGUGACUAUAGUGUCCCUUUAAGUUGAUUGACACCUAAAUAACUAACUUUUUUUAUUUUUAUUUUUUUUUAUUUGUUUAUGUAUACUUGGUAUCCAUACUUGGCCACUUGAGACUUCCUUAUCCAAGUUAGAAUAAUAGCCAUGGAGUUAAAUAGUAAAAACAUAGCUUGCUUUAAAUUUUAUAAAAACCCUUGCACUCGAGUCUUACAUUGACCUGAAUUUAGUUUAUACAUGUUAUUUGCCGAGUUCCUUUGACAAUGUCUGAAAAGCACCAAAUGUUGCCUCUUCUCUUAAUAGAUAAGGAAUGUCAGAAGGAAGGAAAGGAAUAUGUACCGGCUUGCCUUCUACAAAAGAAAAGACAGAAGCAUUUUGGUGGUGAUGGAUCGUCGGGUAAAAAAGAUACGUGGGAGCCAACGAUUAGCAACUCUGAGGACAGCGAUUCAGGGGACAGCAUGAGCGACUUGUAUCCAGGUGCAAGAAUAAACUACGUACGUUCGUUAUUUAAAGGGGCACUAUAGUCACUAGAACUACUACAGCCUAUUUUAGUUGUUCUGGUGAGUAUAGCCUGUCCCUGCACACUUUUUAACGUAAACACUGCCUUUUCAGAGAAAAGGUAGUGUUUACAAUACAGCCUAAGAACAUCCCUAGUGGCCACUAGAGUUGCUUCCUGGGUCAGUGCUACACAUUGUGCAGCGUCUGGCAUGGCAUGGAGACGCUGAAUUUUCCUCCUAGAGAUGCAUUGAUUCAGUACAAGGGCGGCAAUUGGCUCUGCCUCCUUGGCUAAGAGUAUCAGAAUUGACAAUCUCUGCCAAUCCAAUGCUUUCCUAUGGGAUUGUCAAUUCUGAUGUCAGCCAAUGAGGUGGAUUGGGGGCGGGGCCAGAUGAAGCCAAGGAACCCUGUGCUGGGAAAAGGUGAGCAGAUCACCAUCCUAACCAGAGGUGUGGUUGAUUAUCCAAUAACUUUCGAAAUAUCAUAAAUCACUUCAUAAUAAGGUGUAGUUUGGUUGUCGGAUCCUAUUCUGGAACAUCGGCCGGUGUUUAACACCAAGAAAUCCAUACUGUGCCAUCUCUCAAUAUAGUAUGUAUCACGGCUUAAAAUUUCUACUCACCAUUACCGUUAGCAAGUGAUAAUUCAACUCUGGAAAAUACAAUGUAAUGCUUAAAAUCCUUGUUUGUUAUUGCUCUAGCUGACCGUAUUAAAUUAUGUUUUGCAAUUUUGUUCGUAUGAUAAAUUGUUCUGUCAAACACUUGUUUUCCCAAAAGAUUGAAUAAGAUGCUCCACAGUAACUCUUAAACCUGAGUUUACUGUAACUAGACCGGAUAGUAAGUGUCGGCAUUAUUUUACAUAUAUAUAUAUAUAUAAUAGAUCAGAAUUCUUAAAAACAUUUUGUUUAAUAGUUUAGAGUUUUCCGUUAGGGUAAAAUAUUUGGUUAUAUUCAACAUGGUUUGCUUCAUGUUCUCUCCUCUUGGUGCAGACAAACUAUUCACAAAGAAGACCACUAAGGACGAGUUGAAUGGAAAUAUUAAGUCAAGUGAUGAAGAUAUGGAUGUGGACAGUGUACCAACUCAGAACAGAAACAAACGUCAACAGGUGAGUGUUUUAGAAGCGUCUUCCUUUGCUGUGUAGUGUCCCAGGGUAAUCUGAGGAAUGAACCCAUGACCUGAUGAAGGAAUAAAUAGUCAGAUUUAUGUUUUGUAUAUCAAAUACUUAAAGGGACACUCCAGGCACCAAGACCACUUCUGCCCAUUGGAGUGGUCUGGGUGCCAACUCCCACUACCCUUAACCCUGCAACUGUAAUUAUUGCAGUUUUUUUUAUAAACUGCAAUAAUUACCUUGCAGGGUUUAACUCUUCCUCUAGAGGGCACUUCCUGGAUUAUAACACAGAAAACCUGUGCUAGAGCAUUGCUGGACGUCCUCACGCUAUGUGAGGACCUCCAGCGUCGCUCAAUUCCCCAUAGGAAAGCAUUUUCAAUGCUUUCCUAUGGAGAGCUCUAGAGCUCAGUCUUGCCAACCGGCUGACGUAAUGAGGAGGAGGAGCGGCGGCGACCUGAAACCACCGCUGAGGGACAUCGGCGGGGGUCUCAGGUAAGUGACUGAAGGGGUUUUCCCCCCUUCAGCAACCAGGGAUUGGGAGGGAGAAGGGACCUGCAGUGCCAGGAAAACUGAUUUAACAUGUCAUGAUUCCCUUUUUUAUUCUAGAAGUUUGGUCCUUAAGAGGUGAAAGUAUCUAAAGUUCACAUUCAGCAUUAUUUACCUCACUGCAAGAAUAAAUACCCAUGCUACUGUUAACCUUUGGAGACUGUGGCCUGGAAUUAUGACCAGAAAAGGUCUAGCAUUCAUAACAAUGCAAUAUGGCUUGAUGUAAAGUGCCUGGUAUCUUCAAACAAAACCAUUCCCGCAUAUUGAAUAAUGGAGUUAAUGACCUCUGUAGCUACUGCUAGUGCCCUUUAAGUACAUUUCUUCUGAAGUGAAGGUUGCCAUAUUCCAUAGCCUCCGCUUCAUUCUUCCCAAAAGUCAGCAAGCAUUAUGCAUGGUCGAUGGUGGAACAGUGAAGAAUAUUUCCGUUAGGGUGAUUGCGUGGGGUCACCCUUCCAAGUAGCUAGAAACAGCGCUCCAAUCCAUGUGGUUGGCAAAAGUGACCACAAGAUGGCAGCCUCCUCUGCAGCUUCAUGUAUUGUAAUGCUAGUUCGUCUUUAAAGAGCCAGCAGCACAUAAUUGUUUGAUCUGUAUGCGGAUUUGCAAGUGUCCUGGUAUUUGUCUUUGCAGAAGCAGAAUGGCCCAGCCCAGAAGAAGUUUAAGAAACAUCAUCAGAAAGCCAAGCAUUUCAAGAAGUCAUCAGGAAAAUGA